AAUAGAUAAUAAAAGAAUUUUGAUAAUAAGAAAUCUCAUAAUGUGGAGUAUAAUGCGACGUGGCACGAUGAGAAGAAAUUGGAGGCGGCCUUUUAGACAGUGAUGAGCAGUCGAUCAAAUACAUAAAUAGAAGCUGUGUUGAGGCACACCGGCCACAUAAGAUUCGCAAAAACCAUAGCUCUUGAACCACAUCAACACAGGCAAUGCCGCUCGCUAGAAUCACACUCGGAUCUCCGGCCGAAGCCAGCCAACCCGACGCCAUCAAGGCCGCCAUCGCUGAGUUCAUUUCUAUGCUCAUCUUCGUCUUCGCCGGCCAAGGCUCCGGCAUGGCUUUCGCCAAGCUGACGGACGGCGGAGCAGCCACCCCGGCCGGCCUUAUCGCCGCUUCCAUAGCGCACGCCUUCGCCCUCUUCGUGGCUGUCUCCGUUGGCGCCAACAUAUCGGGCGGCCACGUCAACCCCGCCGUCACCUUCGGCGCCUUCAUCGGCGGCCACAUCUCCCUCUUCAGAGGCAUCCUCUACUGGAUCGCCCAAUUGCUCGGAUCCGUAGUUGCAUGCUUGCUGCUCAACUUCGCCACCGGCGGACUGGAGACAUCGGCGUUCGCGCUUUCAGCCGGCGUGUCGGAGUGGAACGCCGUGAUCUUCGAGAUCGUGAUGACCUUCGGCUUGGUAUACACGGUGUACGCGACGGCGGUGGACCCCAAGAAGGGCGACAUCGGGACCAUCGCCCCCAUCGCCAUCGGUCUCAUUGUGGGCGCCAACAUCCUCGCUGGCGGCGCAUUUGACGGCGCCUCCAUGAACCCGGCCGUGUCCUUCGGCCCGGCUGUGGUGAGCUGGACGUGGAAUAGCCACUGGGUGUACUGGCUUGGCCCCUUGGUGGGCGCCGCCGUCGCCGCCCUUGUCUAUGAGCUCCUCUUCAUCAACCAGAGUGGCCAUGACCAGCUCCCAACCACAGAUUACUAACAAAUUUAUUUUCACCACCUCUGUUGUAUUAUCAUGUAUGCUAUCACCAGCCUUGUUUCUAUGGAAUCCAUGAUUCUCAAGUAUCUCAUUCAA